AGGCAAGGGCUCGGUGGCGCGGGUUUGCCGCCUUCGAAACCGCCAGACCAGCCAAGAGGUCGCCGUGAAGAUCCUGGAAAAGCAUCCUCUGGAGACCAGGCGCAUGAUGCCGCAGAUCAGAAGGGAAAUCAAGGUUCAGGGCUCCAUCCUGCACCGCAACGUGCUGCGCUUGCUUCAGUGUGUGGAGGAUGACACGCACUUCUACUUGCUCAUGGAGCUGGCGGACAGCGGCUUGGUGGAUUUGCUGCUGCGGUAUCCCCAGCGCCGGGUGCCGGAGCCCAUGGCCGCCACUUUGUUCGGACAGGUGGCGGAGGGCGUGAAGCACCUCCACCAAUGCAAGUGCAUCCACCGCGACCUGAAGCCGGAGAACAUCCUUCUGGUGGGUAGCUGCCCCAAGAUCUGCGACUUCGGCUGGUGCGCCGAGCUGGAGGACCGGCCGCGGCGGACCUUCUGCGGCACCUUGGACUACAUGGCCCCGGAGAUUUUGUUCGGCGAGGGCCACUCCACUGCCGCGGACGUCUGGAGCCUCGGAGUAUUGCUGUACGAGAUCUUGACUGGGCACACCCCCUUCCAGUACCCGAGCGUGGACUCCAAAACCUUUCAGCAAAGGGUGCACAAGGCGGAGUUCCCGUACCCCCCGUGGUUCUCCAACGAGGCCUGCCACUUAGUGCACCGCAUGCUGGUUCGCCCACCACAGAGCCGAGCUGACCUCCCGGAAGUGCUGAGACACGCCUGGCUCGACAUGCACAGCCCGAAAUCGGCGGAGAAGCCCGCGGUAGUACCCCUGGCGUCCAACUUGUGCAACGUGCCGAAGGUCGCAGAGAUGGCCAAGAGUAUGUCUCGCCCCGAGCUGCGGCUGGACCGCGCCAAGACGGCGGUGCCCCGACGUCCGCCCAGCCCCGAGCGCGAGCGACGCCAGCCUUUGGCAUUUCGGCAGCCCACGUCGCCGGUGCUGCAACCCCGCCUAGUCCGGCCACUGCAAAGCCCCAGAAGGCCCUUGAACAUGCGGGACCCUACCCCAGCACGACCUCCAGUGCGAAAGGUGGUGCCCAUGUCGCCCUACCGACCCUUUGAGCAGAAGAGCCCGCGCACCGUGCUAGUGAAGGUGCCACGGUGAGGUAUGCAGGCUCCCCAUUUAUGUCCCGGCGCUACCUGGGCUCCCAAAGGAUGUGGUGACUCUGUUUGCGAUUUUGGUGGUUUAGAU